GCAUGAGCCAUUUGCAGAAUUUGCUGUUAGAUUCCCUCCUAGGAACGAGGCAUGUGGACAGUGCAGCUCUCAUCAGGCUCCAGGACCAAUCCUUAUGUGUCUCAUCACCGGGGUUUAAUCUGAUGCCCUGUGAUAUCCUAAAGCUGGUGAAUGACUUCGCCAGGAACCCUUUGGGAACCCGAAGAGAAGGAUUGUAUUUCAAAGAAAAGGAUUAUACAUGUGUCCGGGCAGAUGAUUAUUCUCUUUAUGCUAAGAAUGUGAAUUCUGGUGUGAUUGUUGUGAAGACUCAUCUGUAUCUUGUGGUGUCAACUUACACCAAAGGCAUGUACCCCAGUGUCUGUGUGGAAGCCACAGAGAAACUGGGUGACUAUCUAAGAAGAAAAAGAAGUUAA